AUGGGAAGGGACGCAGGAAUCGUAUGUGCACCUGACUACUACGAAAACCCUAAGGGUAUAUACGUUCUGGUCGAACUACCAUACGACAUUGGGAUAAACAACUGUCAGUUAGAAAGUCCGGAAGACACAGUACAGCUCGGGGAAAUUACGGAAUUCGUAGACGACUGGACCAAGGAAAGCGUAGCCCUAUCGGAUUUUCAGGAAUGGCAGCUACAAUAUAAGGCUGCAUGGGAACACUAUACGGAAGAGGAAAAAAAAGCGAAAAGGGAGGAAGACGACAACAAUUGGUUCAUGGACAUGGAGCAUCUCGAAGAAAACGGUCCGGAUGUAGACACACCCAUAAGGAUCGGCAUGAAGAACGUUCUGCUUGCCAAAGAAGCAUGA